AUCUAGCGUCGCUUCUCCUGCUUCUACUGUCGGGAGUGGAGUCCUUGGUGGUGGUACUAGGUUGGAACCUCCUGUUCAAGACCAGGAUCAUCUUCAGAGCGGUCUCAAUACCAGAAGCAUUUUCUCGACUCGUCGAAAUCGUGGUUGCAUGUUGAACUCCAGUCGCAUCCCGUCAAAAAGGCCCUCGUGGAACACGAGUGUCUUCACAGUAGCUAAGCAGGAAGAACGCUUACCGAGAAAUCGCUCAGCUGGGUUGCGCGACGAUUUUAGAGCCGCUUGGGGUUCUGACCGAGACACGCUACUGCAGAAUGCUGCUGUGUUUUUGAAGCGAACGCGCAGGUGGCGAGGUAGGCCUAGUGAAGUUGUGGACAAAAAUCUAGCGCGAUUGCCGUUUUCC